AUGUCCAACUCAAGCCGGGUUCACUGUAGGACUAUUGAGGACGUCCCGCUGCCAUAUCCCGCUUCCAAACUGAUAAUCACCCAACAUCUUGAAGCAUCACGAGAAUCACCUUUCUGGGCGUGGAUCAUUGUUGGGGCAUUCUACGACAGGCAAGAUAACGUCCUCUGGAGCGCUGAGAUCUUUGCUGGCCGACUUGACAUCGAUUCGGACUCUGAAGACGAGUCUAGUGAUACUGAGUCUGUGGCAGAGAGUUACACCGAGGAGGCAGCUUCUCCAGGUAAACACUGA